AUGAAAUGUACUAUACCAGAAACGCAGAAGGUCGUAUUGAUUGAUGAAAUCGGUGGAUACGACGUUAUCAAGUAUGAGGAUUAUCCUGUACCAUCGAUUUCGGAGGAAGAGUUACUAAUAAAAAACAAGUACACAGGUGUUAACUACAUCGAAAGUUACUUCCGGAAGGGUCUUUAUCCCUGUGAAAAACCGUACGUAUUGGGCAGGGAAGCGUCGGGUACCGUCGUAGCAAAGGGUAAAGGUGUAACCAAUUUUGAAAUUGGAGACCAAGUUGCUUAUAUAUCUAGUUCAACUUUUGCGCAGUAUACAGGAAUUUCGUCCCAAGGUACAGUAAUGAAGCUGCCAAAAGAAACAAGUGAUGAAAAGUUGAAAAUUUAUGCGGCUGGUUUAUUACAAGUUCUCACUGCUUUGUCCUUUACAAACGAAGCGUACCACGUUAAAAAGGGCGACUAUGUACUGCUUUUUGCUGCAGCUGGUGGUGUUGGAUUAAUUUUAAAUCAGUUGCUCAGGAUGAAAGGUGCGCAUGCGAUUGCAGUUGCCUCGACUGAUGAAAAGCUUAAGAUAGCGAAGGAAUACGGCGCCGAAUAUUUGAUCAACUCUUCUAAAGAAGAUAUUUUAAAGCAAGUUUUAAAAAUUACCAAUGGUAAAGGCGUUGAUGCUAGUUUUGAUUCAGUCGGAAAGGAUACCUUCGAAAUUACCUUAGCCGCGCUAAAAAGAAAAGGUGUAUUUGUUUCCUUUGGAAAUGCAUCAGGCCUUAUCCCGCCAUUCUCUAUUACCAGACUUUCCCCAAAGAAUAUUACUUUGGUGAGACCUCAACUUUACGGCUAUAUCGCCGAUGCAGAGGAAUGGAAAUAUUACUCCGCCGAAUUUUUUGGCCUAGUCAAUUCGAAGAAAUUGAACAUUAAAAUAUACAAAACAUACCCAUUAAAGGAUUAUAAAGUUGCUGCAGCUGAUAUAGAAAGUAGAAAAACUAUUGGUAAACUAGUUCUCGAAAUACCACAAUAG